AUAAUUUAAUAAAGAUGGCCUUAAUUUUGUUAAGAGCUCGUGCCAACAUUCCGGUGAUAGUUUGUGGUGAAGCAGGAUGUGGAAAGACAAGUUUAAUUGGUUUUCUAGCGCAAGUAGUUGAGGUUAAGUUUAAGUCAUUAGACUUACAUGCCGGUGUGACCGAAGAAAACAUCUUAUCUUUUAUGGUAGAAGCUCAACAAAUCGCCGAUACUUCUGAACUAUGGUUAUUCUUUGAUGAAAUAAAUACAUGCAACCAUAUAGGUCUUCUCGCAGAUUUAAUAGCUCAUAGAAUGUUAAAUGGUUGCCAAAUACAUCCUAAUAUUAGAUUGUUUGCAGCAUGUAAUCCGUAUCGUAUACGUACAAAGGAUCAAAGUAAUGUUGGGUUGUCUACCAAGGCUAAAAAAAAGGAAAUUAGAUAUGAGGAACGUAGCAAUUUAGUAUAUCAAGUUAAGCCAUUGCCCGAUCAAAUUCUUGAUUAUGUUUGGGAUUAUGGAAUCCUUCAAGAAAAAGAAGAAGAAAGAUAUAUUCUAACCAUGGUUCUUGAAGCAUUAGAAAGUGAUUUUAAAAAUCCAGAUAUGUUUGCAAAUUUAAUAUUCAGAUCUCAAGUAUUUGUUCGAGAAGAAGAAGAACCUUAUAGUGUCAGUCUUCGGGAUGUGAAACGAGCAAUUACCCUAGUAAAAUUCUUUAACGACAGUUUUACAAAAAGAUCGCAACUAAAUGAGAAAAAUAAGUAUCCUUCAGAUGAUGGAAUCAAUAUUUCACUUAGAUGUUAUGUAUUAGCAUUAGGUCUUUGUUACCAAUGUAGAUUAUAUGAUCAAAUCAUUAGAAGAAGAUAUCGUAAAGAAAUGGCAGAAAUUAUUAGUGAAGAUAUGAGCAAAGGGAGUAGUAAAGGGAGUAAAAGUACAGGCCGAAAGUUUAAAUUUAGUGAAGAAGAUUUUAGUAAUAUUAUCAGACAAGAGCAAGAAGAUUAUAUAAAUAGAAUGACAUGUCCUCCUAAUACUGCAAAAAACGAAGCACUCUUGGAAAAUGUUUUGGUUAUGAUUGUUUGUAUUCUUACCAAAAUUCCUGUAUUUAUCAUUGGAGCUCCUGGGUCAUCGAAAUCUUUGGCGGUUAGGCUUGUAAGUCAGAACCUGAAAGGAUUUGAUUCCGAAGAUGAUUACUUCCGAAAAUUACCACAGGUCUAUCUUAUUCCACAUCAAGGUUCAUCAUCAUCAACGUCAGAUGGUAUUUUAAAAGUAUUCGAAAAAGCCAACAAUUAUCAAAAAACAACCUCUAAAGAAUUUCCUGUGAUAAGUGUUGUCUUGCUAGAUGAAGUUGGUUUGGCUGAAACAAGCCCAUUUAAUCCAUUGAAAGUCCUUCACUAUUUACUUGAACCACCUUAUGGGUCCGAUAGUCAAACUGUUUCA